AUGGCAAAGUCUGAAGCGUCACAGACGACGCUAGAAAAUCGAUCAGGGUCUGGCAGCGCCAGUAUUGCUGCAUCACCAGAAUCGCCGCACGACAACAGACUCGACUGCAACUCGUACUUUGGCUUGAUCGCAUAUCUGACGAAUACACACGUUAUUGUCAAUGAUACCAAGUGGGAUCAUAUUUUGAUCGAGAAACGACAAAGUCAAUUCCGAAUUAGUUCCUUGCAUUGGGCAAUAGGCUAA